AUGACGAUUUCCGUCAAUGCAUCCGCCGUGAAUGACGGUAACGAGAGUUGUAGUACUAGGCCAUCGCAGCACCUCUUCCCGCUCCCUCCCUGCCUGCGUCCCUUUUUCAUCACCCCCCCUCCUUUUGUCCAUGAUGACCCCCCCGUGCGAUACUUCUUUUCAGCCGCAUCGAACGGCCAGCAUUCUCCGAGCCUCAAUCUGGCGGGCAGAGUGGCAGAGUUCGAAGGCGAGCUCAACUAUUACCUGCCAGAGCGAUUCAGGAUCCACCCGGAGCGAGUCAGCCUCGUGAUUCGUCCCCUGCGCUGCCCUGUCGACACCUCUCGCCUGUCCAACGUCUUCAUGGGCUUCUUUGAACACCUUCCUCAUCGCAAUGCCGAGCGCUCCGAUCUCUCCGGAGCUCCAAUCAAGCCAGUCAGCGCCAGUGACAGCGCAUGCGCGUCAGAUAGUAACAUCUCACACGGAGGUUCAGGUGACGGGCCAAGUGGCAGUUCAAAUGACUUCUCAGGUGGCAGUUUGGAAGAUUCUACAGGAAAUGUUACAAGUGCUGCUGCAGCGAACAGUGUUUCAGAAGAACGUGUCUCAGAAGGGAGUGUCUCAGGCGAGUCAGAAUGGCAAGUGAAGCUUGGGUGCCACGGCCCUCCCUGUCCCUCCUUCGGCUCAUGCACCGCCCGCUUCCCCAACGUGCAGGCCUGCUGGAACCCCCACCUCAUGGACGAACCCGAGACUGAAAUCGCCCCUCCUAUAAACUGCCCCCUUAAAGGGGACAGUGCAGGGCAGGACAAGGGGAGGUUGCCGUUUGACGAGACGUGCUCGCACCAGCAGGACUUCACGCCGCACGGGGCGCAUGCGCUGCAGAUGAUGCGGCUGGAGAAUGUGUUUGUGACGAACGACGGGUUAGCUCUCAACCGCUCGCACCUCUUCGUGCAAAACGGGUGCGCGCGCUUCCCGGGAACUGCGGUGAGAGCCCUGUGGGGGUAG